UGAUGCACACAGUCAUGGCGGCGGUAGGUCCGGUUGUCUGAGGAGUCCGGUGUCUGCGCGGGGUCUGGACCGGGUCUGGACCGGGUCUGGACCGGGUCUCCGCGCCUCCCAUGGACCCGGCCCACCGCGCCGUGCUGCGCCGCCUCCGGGUGGAGCUGUCCGGGCAGCUGCUGGUCAGCGACGCCGUCCUGCCGCUGCUCUUCCAGGAGGAGGUGCUGACGGAGGCGCAGGUGGAGGACAUCGAGUCCCGGAGCUCCGAGCGGCAGAAGGCGCUCCGCCUGCUGGACCUGCUGCCGAGCCGCGGCCCGCGGGCCUUCCCGGUCUUCCUGCGGGCCCUGGACGACUUCAGCUGGGUCCGAGAGCGGCUGCUGGAGGAGCUGCGGGAGGCCGGACCGGGACCGGGACCAGGACCCGGACCCGGAGCGACAGAGCCGCGGCGCCCCCCGGAGGCCGUCCUGCGCCGCGUGCCGUCGGACCGGGAGCUGUCGCGGCUGGCGGCGCGGCUGGGCGCCCGCUGGGAGGAGCUGCUGCUGGAGCUGGGCCUGACCCCGGAGGACGUGUUCCGUUGCCGUGCCGACCACGCCCUCAGCUCGCAGGCCGCCGCGCUCGCCGGCCUCGUCCGCUGGCGGCGCGCCGGAGGGCGAGGCGCCACAGUGCAGCGGCUGCAGGACGGUCUGCAGGCGGUCGACCUGCACCCGUCGGUCCUGGAGGACAUCCUCACCGCUGACCUCUGACCUCUGACCUCUGACCUCCUGCUGCCGCCCGAAGAGAAAAAGAAAAACUUUUUGAUGAAACCACCAAAAUUUUGUAUCCAUGUGAUUUUUUUUUUAAUGUGUUUUUUAUUGUGUUUUUGUUUUUGUUACAGAAAAGUCUGUUUCCACGGAAACAGUGCAGUCAGUAUGCCAGGCCACAAGCUGGCGCUGUUGCUUUUUUCUAAUGAAAGCACCCAUUUUUGAAUUAAAAUGUAGUUUUAUUUCCCAAAUCUUUUUGUAAGCAUGAAAUGUGUUGUGAAAGAAUGUUUGCAAAGCAGAGCAGCAUUUUCAAAUAAAACUUUUGACAGUU